AUUAUCCUGAGACAGGAAAGAGGCAACUAACUAAGCUGUGGAUCUGUGGUCUUUUAAAGCAGAUCUGUCAAUGGCUACACGGACCAUAAGUUUCCUCACCUGGAACGUUAAUGGACUUAAAGAAAAAAGAGAUCAGAAAUUUAAAGAGCUUCAAAAUGCUGAUGUUGUUUUCUUACAAGAGACACACAUUGGGGUAGGAGAGGAAGAUAUUGUAGACGGCAAUUUAGGGGAGUGGCAUGUUUUCUUUACAAAAUACACCUCGUCCCAAAAGGGAACAGCCAUACUUGUAAGGAAGACUUUUGACUUUGAAUAUAUCAGUGAUGACAAAGAUAAUUGUGGAGGAUAUAUUGUAUUGAAAUGCAAACUAGAAGGUCAGCCAUACACUCUUGUUAGCGUUUAUAACCAUCAAACUGACAUAAAAACCCUUGAUAAACUAUCAAGGUACUUGCAUUUGAUGGCCACAGGGUUGCUGUUGAUUGGUGGAGAUUUCAACACGGUUCUCAAUCCCUUUAUCGACAAAGCAUGCAAUACCAACAAGGUGACAAAUAAUGCAAUCCAUAGUAAACUGCGCUCUUGUGUGGAAAAGUUUAUAAAAUCUCUUCAGUUGGUUGACAUCUGGAGAAGAAAAAACCCUGCAAAGAAGAACUAUACGUUCAGCAGAGGCGGUGUGAAGUCAAGAUUGGACUACUUCUUUGUUCCAGAAGAAUGUAUGUGGCGUGUCAGAGGUUGUGAAAUCAGAGACUCAGAGAGGCCUGACCAUCAACCUGUGUCUUUGGAGAUCAACAAUGUCCCCACAAUUCCUGUUCAGAAAGAUCCCCAGAUACAAUCAAUCUCCCAACUGCUGAAUCUCAAAAAGGAUUUAGGGAUAACAGAGACUGAUUUAUUAUUGGGUGAAGGAAGGUCACAUGGAGUCAGUGGGGUUGAAAUUGUGUCAGCUGUACAUUCUCUUCAAGUGUCAGACACACCAAGACCGGAUGGCAUUCCAGCUUCCUUCUACAGAGACAUCAUCCAAGACCUAAUUCCAUAUAUAAAGGUGCUCUAUGACAGAAUCCACAGUGGGAGAUUUAACUGCUCUAAAACUCACUUCAAUGAAUCAGUCCAAUGUACACAUGACAGUAGUCAAUUUUUUUUUAAUGCUGACUACCUCAUCAUCGCAACUAUUCUAGCAAGACGUCUAGAUGUUUUCUUGGAGCCUCAGUCAAAUUGGCAGACACCAAAAGAGUCAGCUCCUGUCUGGAUCACUUCCAAAACACUCUGUGUUCUAAUAAGUUUGCGUUGUAUUAUGGAUGAGAUAGAGAGGCAAAAACGGUCAAAUCCAACUCUGAAUCAGGACUUCCUUGUUGUGGAAAAUCUCCUCAGAGAUGCAGAGGAAGUGACCUUAGACACUGAAUCUGUAGAUUUUUCUGUUCAGAAAUACAAACUUCUUCACCAAGGCUGCCCAUUGACCCCAGUACUCAUAACUUUGGCUCUUAAAAGCUAUGCCUUGGAACUAUUUGGGCAUUUACCUAUUCAUGCAAUUCUUGUUUUCAAACAAAGCGUGAUCAUUUGCUUACAACGUGAGGACCUAGAUGAAGUAAAUGCUGUUGUGGAGAACACUACGAAUGAAUUAUAUGACAUUGGGAUAUUGUCCAAAGGAAAUGGUGAACCAUUUCAAUUAAGCUGCUUGGGAGAAGAGUCUAAGGAUGAGGAAUGGGAGGCAGAAACACUUGGGAAUAACAAUAAAGAAGUAGCAGGAGAAAACUGUUUUAAAACAGAUGUAAGAGAUAAGAGUAUGGUGUGUGAAAAGAUCAAUUAUGAGUCAAUAAUGCACAGGUAUGAGGAAGAAGACAAAUCAUUGGAUGUUCUUGGAAGAUCAGCCAUAUUUUCUGGGACACCAAAACAAGAGAUGGCAGCAUUUCACAGAAUGUCAAAAAAUCCACCUCCACUGCUUCCCGUACCUUCAUCUACACAAUCAGGAAUUUUCUCUGAUGGACAAUUCAUCCACCCCACAGCAUCUAGCCAAGGUACUAAAAGAAAACGUGAUCAUGACUCUGAGUCAUUGCUGACAUCAGAUAUGGAGAUCAUGAACAAGUCAAAGCGAAUCAUGCAAAAAGUAAUUGACAACUUAGAACAAGCCAUCAUGAUGCACAGAGAUAUCAUUUCAAAGAUAGACAAAAUGGAUGAAGUUAGCAGGAAGAAGGCAACCAUAGGGAUUUUUGGAAAAUCAGGAGAAGGAAAGAGCUCCCUUUUAAAUGCAGUCUUGGGGAAAAAGGAUCUACUGCCAUCUGGUUGUUUUGGUGCAUGUACAGCAGUUAUUACCCAGGUGGAAGCCAAUCUGAGUGACUCCAACUAUUCAGCAGAGAUUGAACUCUUCUCUAAAGAGGAGUGGGAAAAAGAGCUCAAAGAUCUUUUAAAUAUUUUAUCAGAAGAAAAUGAGGACAGAAAUGAUGACAUGAUACAAAUUGCUCAAGAAAAGAUCACUGUGCUGUAUGGAGAGGGUGCAGAAAAGAAAACAUUUGAUGAGUUAAUAAUGGAGAAUUGUGAAAUAUUUGAAAGCUUGACUACGCAAAUCUCAAAGAGUGAUGUCACUGAAUUUGCAGAAGAGGUUUAUUGUUACAUACAGCAUAGUGAGUCAAGCCAUGGUGGCUUGUACUGGCCGCUUGUAAAGAGUGUGACUUUUAAGGUUCCAAAUUGUAAUGAACUCUUGGAACACAUUGUGCUUGUUGAUAUUCCUGGGACAGGAGACUGCAAUAAGAUUAGAGAUGCCAUGUGGAAAUCUAAACUUCGAGAGUGCUCUGAUGUGUGGAUUGUAAGUGCUAUCAAUCGAGCAAUCGAUGACAAAGAACCCUGGGGUAUAUUAAAGCACUGCAUUGAAGAAUUAGGACCAGGAGGAGAGUGCAAAAACAUACAUUUCAUCUGUACAAAAACUGAUGAUAUCAAUCCAGGAGCCUAUAUGAGAUCUGCAAAGCUUAAUAAAGAGCAAAUCCCAGGAGACAAGGAUCAGAAAACAGUGUGCAUACUUCAUAGAAAUGAACGUGCCAAGACAAAAGUCAAAGAAAAGUUUGAAAAAUCGGAAAUCAAGAAAAGAUUCAGCUCUGACAAGAAUUUACUUCAAGUUUUCACUGUAAGCUCCAAUGCUUUUUUUGACCACAGUUUAAAUCUGGAGCCCAGUGAAACAGAAAUAACAGAUCUGCAGGAAGCUCUGAUGACUCUAAACAAGAACAUUAACAGAGAACUGACCAGAGAUUAUGUCAAUGAAGCAAAGGGAGUUUUGUCUUUGAUCCAGAGUGUCCAACUGGGUACAGACAGGAAAACGGUUGAGGCAAAAGCCAGAGUGCACGAGGAAUUUGAGGAGAACCUAAAGAAGGCACAAAAUGAACUGGUAAAAAGUUUUGAAAACAUUUAUAGUAUCCUGGAGCAAUGUCUCUCAGAAGGAGUGGAAAAAGCAGUGAAAUUAUGUGCUGAUACUACAUGGGCAGUGAUUUCACCUAAUAUUGAUAAAAGAGGAUUCCAUAAAACCCUUCAAGCAUUGUGCAAGAAUGGAGGAUGCUAUUGGUCGAAAAAUUUGGAUAAAGUCAUAGACCUGAACAAGCAAUUAGCCAAACACCUGCAUGAAUCUAUUGACAAAGAUUUCUUUCAGAUUUUUCCUGUCAGUGGUAAAACAGGAAGGUCAGUGCAGGAACAGAUUGAUAAGUUCAGUAUCAUCCAGAGUGACUCUGCGUCUCCCAUGUCACAUCACAUUCAGAACUUCAUCAAAACAGAGGAAACCAAACUGAAGGCAUCCCUCAACAGAGAUGUUGUUGAAAGGAAAAAGGAAAUCUAUGCAUCAAUCCAAACAACCAUUGAGGAAGCAAUGGCUUCUUGUUAUGAACAAGCUGCAGAGCUGAAAGGUAUAAGAUCCAUGAAGGCAAAGCAAGAAAUGUUAAAAACUACGGUUGAUUCGAUAAAACAUGACAUGUUCAACAAGGCAAAAAUGGAAGUCCUUAAAAAGUUCAUUAACUUAAAGCUGUAUAUAAUGGAUGCUCUUGAAUCUGGACUAAAGAGAUCAAUGAAACUGUCACUGUCACAAACCAACAAAAUCACAUUGUUGGAUGUCUCCAGAGAAACUGAACAGCUGGAGAGACUGUCAGAUCAACUGUAUGACUAAGAUCAUCAAGCAAUGAACAGGGCAAGAGAAAGAAUACAGUUCACAAAGGGGAAAGGGCAAAUAAAAAUUUACUUACACAUUAUUUUACAGUUUCUGAUUUAUAAAUAUUACAUGUUACUAAAAGUAAACUCAACAUAUUUCUCAGAAGUUUGGGUUUUAUUUUAAGUUUGAAAAACUGCAGAUCAUGAUACACAAACUGUAUUUUGAUUUAUAGCAUAUUUAAUAUGAUAACUUUUAUAAAAGCAAUAAAUAGAAAUUAUAUUUAAAAGCAUAUAGCAGUUUUCCCAUUUUCAAGAACCUAUAUUGGUGAUUUAUAGGUAUGAAAUAAUAAAAGUGUCUUUUUUUUGUUUUUGUCAUUUCUGAAACUUAUUUGUGAUACAAUCAAAGCAACAGAUCAUUCUUUACACUGUUAAUGGGUCUAGCAUUUGUGAUUGAUAUUUGGCACUUAUUCAAUAAAGGGACUUAUACAAUAAAUUAAAGAAUGUAUUCAUAAUGCACUUUAUCUAUCCAUGUUUUAUAAUGUACAAGCUAUGACAACAUGACAAUGUAGAGAAGUGUGUUCUACAUUACCUGUAGGGGCAGUGGUGGCUCAGCAGUUAAGGCUCUGGGUUACUGACUAGAAGGUUGGGGGUUCAAGCCCCAGCACUGCCAAGAUGCCACUGUUGGGCCCUUGACCCUAUCUGUUCCAGGGGGUUCCAUAUCAUGGCUGACCCUGCACCCUGACCCCAGCUUAGCUGGAAUAUGUGAAAAGAAAGAAUUUCACUGUAUAUGUGAUAAUAUAAUUAUUAGAAACCUUUUUUAAUCAUUCAAAAUAUAUAUUUACAAAUAAAUAAUGUUGGAAUAAAAACUCUUACCAGAAUAGUCUGAUUUAUAUGUUUAAGCAGAAUUUAAGUAACAAGUGAUGUAAGGUUGUUUCAAGCACAAGUUUGUAUGACUGUAACUUUUAUAUCAGCCACUCUUAUAUCAUUUCUUAUAUCAGUUCUUCUACGAUACACUUUCUAUUCUCUCUCUGUAGAAAGCUGUGUAAUAAAUGUGCUACCGUGUGUCACAAUGCAAAGUAAACUGAGUUAAGUUCCA